AUGCGCUUUCCAGUACACAAAGCGGUGCUCUCCUCGCAAUCUGAUUACUUCAACAGCAUGUUUCAGCGUGAUUGGAAGGAGAACGCUCAAGGCGAGGUCGAGCUUAAAGAGGACGUUUCAUUCGUAGUUGAAGCCAUGAUACAAUUUAUGUACUAUGCGGACUACGAGCGGCCAGCCAUUGAGUCGUACGAUUAUGAAUUUGAGUUCCUGUUCGACGCCCAAGUUUAUGUCAUAGCUGAGAAAUAUGGCUUGCCGGAUCUGAAACAACGUGCCCAAGAAAAGUUUUCAUCUCAACAGACCUACGAACCGGGCGAGACUAGGUUCACCUCCAAGAUCGCCUAUUUCUCGGAGGCGGUCGAAGUUAUUUUAUAA